AUGUGGAUUGGUGUAGAUUGGGACAAUCCUGACCGGGGACGCCACGACGGCUCCUAUAAAGGUGUGAAGUACUUCAAUGCCCACGGACCAACUUCGGCCUCUUUUGUCAAGUACGUCAGUCCCUCUCAGGGUGGUGCUCUCUCCAUCAUUUUCUCACAGACCUACUUCUUUCAUAUGCACAUGUCGAGGGCUGCAUAUGACUUUUAUCUUGAAGUUCAGGCCCUAGAUAUGACGUUUAUUCACGUUGUCAUGGUCAUUCCAUUAGCAAGUUAUCACCCAUUCACUGGAUUUUAUCCUCAAAGUUGUCUGCCAUCUGAUAAAGCGAAUUCGCGUACACACCUGUGAUUUAUUCUCCAUACUUUCCCUUCGCACCUCGCUACGAUCAAUUUGCAAAUUUCCAGCGGAUCACGUGGUAAGUGGUCUCGUUUAAACCAACUGCGAGUCGUAGAAUUUUAUGUUUCAAACGUCCAGACCCACCCAGCCUCUCGCAUUCUUUUGUAAUGCAUAGCCCUACAUAAACAUGGUUUGAUACUGCCGUCGUUUUCCACACAGCCUCUGCCGCGACCUUGCCGGCCCAUACGGUCUAUAUCAUGUUGACUGCAUAUGCCUUGCCGAGUUCAGCACACGGUCACCUCUGCACACGUGAGAAGGAUUGGGCCCAUUAGCAUGCCACUCCUGAAUCAUUAGACAGGAAUCUGGCGGAACAGCCAACCCGGCCCUUGAUUUUCUUGAUGACAUCUUCUCCGUGGCUGUGAUGGGCAAACUGGAACCAUGUCAGUUAGUGGUCAUCGCGGGAUCGCAAAACGUUUUCUGAUUAUUGUUAACUGGUUAUAUUGCCCAGUUCGAUCACAAUCCCAAAUCUAUUGCUCCGUCCUCACGGACAUCACUUUAAAUGUGUAGUGGCCUAAAUAGUGGUUGUACCUUGAGCGCCACAAUGAUCAGGUCCAGUCUUGUUUAGCAAGCGAAGGCAGAAGACACCAGAAUAAGGAGUUUAACGUGUACAAAAUCCUAAUUUGCUGUCAUUGGCGGCGAUGACCACUGGUAAGGACGCGGCGUGUGUUUGCGUCCUUAAAUCAUGCCUGUGAGGGAGACUUUGAUGUCAUUCGGUUUUAUGCAAACAAGUUCAAGUGUCUGGUGCCCAAGUAGUGAGUUUCGAAUUACCUAGCUGGAGGAGUGGCGUGUCUAGUGGUCUGCAAUACAAUGACUGACCGGUGGCUUUUGGAGGACGUGGUCCUGGCCAGCCGUGGCUGUCUAGUUGUCCGUGUCGCUGUAGUCUCUCAACGACUCAGAAAGCGCUCGCAAGAAAGGCGAAUAACCUUGACGCAGGGGACGUUGAACAAUUUCGUCGCGCACUACAAUGGUUGCCUUCUGGUUAAAAACUUAUGAAGCAUGUCUGAAGAGAAACCAGUGCCUCCGCAUCAGGUGUUUCGGUUGUGUUCGAGGUCCUCCAGUAUAACCUAAAAAUUGUCUUGUUUUCUUGGGUUUAUUUUUCGCAUGCCGGUCUAACCUAGUGUUUGCAACAUUGAGGACUCAGGAGAACGUACGUUCAAAACGAAGCAAUCAAUUAUGGACUCGGUUGUUUAGCGGCAGUCCACUUUCGAAAAUCCGUCUUUCUCUAGUGGUCGAAAUGAACACAAAAUUAGGGCAACCGAAAACCCCAAAGCGAUAUUUAGCCGGUUUCUGCCCGCUGAGUUGGUAGUUUUGUCUGUUCAUAGGGACGGCAUGACUAAUGACCAGUAGGUUUCAGCUUACUUUGCUCUCUUAGCUUGGCUUAUGACGCUUUGUCAUACCUGGCAAUUUCCUUAUUUGACGGAUUGGCUUACUAACACUAAAGCUGACCACGUUACAAAAGCAUUUUCCCCUGUUACAGCACCGUCCUCGGUCGAAAGUGCGAACAUCUAUCAUUAAGUUUAAAUCAAUUUCUUAUGGCGAGUUAAAGGUUGCAGGAAUCUAGAAUGUGUAGGCACUUGAUGCUGUGACAUAUGGGACGGGAAUAUUUCCUUAAAUAGAAAUAAUGUCUUGAGGUGGAUGUUGUCUUCCUUAUAAAGAAGUUGUAACCCUGCUGUUUUGCUGUGCAGUGUAUAUCAUAUCUUAUUUUAGAGUUCUGAUUUCACCUAGUUGUGCAGACGGCCGGUCUUUAUUCCGUAAUUUGUACGUUUUGGCGCUCUCCCCCUAAUGUGGACAAGGUUAUUGUAUCAUUAUUCUGAUUUAGCGACUUUAUGCGAGGGCCCGCUAGAUCAGCUCGUCCAAUUAAGAUUAAAGUAUCAUUAUUCAACGUUGCUAACGACAGACAAGAUUCCGUCAUAACUUCGCAAAAAACAGACUAAUUAUUUUUUCAGGAAAUUGCACUCACUGUUGGCUUACCCUCCCGUAGCUGCGCUUAUCUUAACUUAUCCAGUCACUUUCAUAUUGUCAGCCAAUAUUUUCGGUGGCAUACGCUUCAGUGACGUUUAACCGGUUUGGGACUCAAACCAAGCAAUCCGUGGACCGCGAGACCGAAAAUGUUAUCGACUCGUCGGCUUUCACCAUUUCCGCCUAGGUCUUCAAUUUGCCUUCUAAACUUCUUUGUCACCUACGGUUGAACCCUAACGAGAAGAAACCCUGUGCCAUUUAGCCUAAGGGUUGGCAUAUUACUUAGAUGAGCUAUCUGGGGACACAGUCGGCCACUCGUACUCGUUUCAGACCUGAGCCGGGGGGGGGGGGCGGAUUUCGUAAAGCAAGCGCAAGUAUGACUGAUCGAACACCUCCAGACGACAAAUCACUUCUGGGUACUCGACUCAUGUUCCACAUUUAUGAAGACGAGUUGUCUUCGUGCCUGCCACUGCUGUGGCUGUUCCUACUCUGACAGACUUCAGUAAUGUUCCCUAUAAAGCCUCAUCGUCAGCGACAACGUGCGGCGGCACACAUUAUAAACUCAGUGAGCAGAUAAAAACGAAUGUCGUAGAGUUAUCCUAACGUUUUUAUCGUUUCAAAUGGGAUGUUGGUGUUUGAUUUAUGGCAGGACGAGGAACAGCUUCAAAACCGCCUCAGUCUCCAUUGUUGGAUAGUCUGGGAUACUCUCACAUAAGCGUCUCAGCGAGUACAAACGGUCUGGGGCUGUGCUCUGCCUGCCUUACUCGGCAAUUCCCUCCCCAGGCAACGGAGAUCAAGAACCACCAGUUUGUUUCUCUCUUAUGUGCCCUAGAAUUUACAUUCGGGGGGAGGGGGUAAAACUCGCUAGUAGUACGCUCGGGUCACCAAUUUUUGUGUCGACUAAGAUCGCGAUGAGCCCUUAAGUACCUCUAAAGACCAACAUAAAUACUGCAAAAAAACAUCUAUUCAAGUAGAAAUAUCCUGAUUCAGACAACUUUGCAAGAGUUUGACUUUUACAUUCUCUAAGCUGUCUACUCUUUCAGGCUGACAGGCAUGAAUCACGAGGAACACCUUACUCUGGUUCGAGAUGCGGUUUGGGAAUACUUUGGUUUAACAGUGUUGAUGGACAAGCCAGAUGAUCUAAGGGCCUUAUUUGUCUCACGCUAGCGCUCAACCCUCACCGGGUUGCGAGCAAUGGAGUUCCUACACGUGCCUCCAAAAGUUGCUAAAAACACUAAAGUGGGUGGUUUCCAUGUUCUUCGUGGUGACAUCCCUGCAAACCUGUCGGUACAAGAAUUUUAAAGUGAAACAGGUGAGGCUUAGGCCCUGUCACAAGGCUCGGAGAAAGCCUCCAGCGGCUCAUCAACCCAAAAAACCUCAACUACUGCAACAGGGAGUGGAUAAUCGAGUUUCUCCUGUCUUGAGUACUUUAUUAAGCAAAGUCUGUGUCUGUAUGUCUAUUUUAGUAACUGAUGAACUAUAUGUGGAAGUGUUAGUUAAGCACAGAUGCGAAUAAUUUGGUUUUGAAAAUUAGUGUUGAAUCAUGGCCGAUUUUUUGUCUAUACAAGCCUUUACCUGUCUGGAGAGUCAUGACUGCGUAGUGUGGACAUUUUUUCCUCUACCACUAUCUGAUAGCACCACAAGACUGAACCUCCUCUUAACGCACCUUCUAUCGUCUACCCUACACCUUUGUUCUAAUCCACUAUUGGGUAACGGAACCCGAAUUUGUGCCUAUCCAAUGGUCCUCUUGGUGCGUGAUUUGAACAUAAAGGGUGGUGUGGGUUACUUCGUUAUUUAUCAAGUGUUAGCACGAGCGCCUUCCGAGUACCAAUGACCAACCCAUACUUCUGGACUCUACGCCUAGAUUCCGAGUCUGCGCCGUUUAAGGAAAAGCAAAGUUUUAUAUCUGUUUUGUAAUGCUGAGCGAACAAGCUUUUCCGUCAUAGCUUGUGGCUCAUUUUGUUAGUUUCAGAGAUUUUUCCAGCAGAGUUCAUUCUUUUUCAUUAGUCACCCCAUCUCGGGGCCCUGCCCCGAGUUGGAUAUUUUGAACCGUUGACCACCGCUUUACAAAUACCGUCAGAAAACUGAAGAGCAUAGUAACGCUGAGAACUCAUUGGCCUUUUUCAAAGGAAGUGGUGCGGCCUCGUCGCAGUUCCCUACUACUCCAUUCUCUAUUUGUACAUGUUAUAAGAAUCCUCUCAAUUUUAUGGUUACCAGUAUUUGUGUCUCACGUUUCCAUUCUUCCAAUAUGACGGGUCUCUUCGAAAUCCUUUUUUCAGGCCGGAUAAACUUACCCUAGGAACUAGUCUAGAGGAGGCCCUUGUUGCCCGUUAUGUUCUAUGCGCUGAAUGCCAGAUUCUCACUCGGAAUCACGCCCUUCUCCAGCCGGGUGGCGACCCCGCAACUGGAGUGCGUCUGGAAAUUGGCGAGAAUGCGGGGCAUCUACGUGCCACUCUGAGUAGCACCAACACUUCUGUAGAAGCAGAGUACGCAGAGGGCCAUUCAGGUGACCGCGUUGCUGCCCCGUUGACAGUUGAGCUCUUCACAUCCAAUCCAUGCGAACCCAGCCACCAUGAGAGGUGUGGUGCGGCCGGCGCUGAGAUCGCCUUACGCAGGCUGAGGACCGGCUCAGUACCAGGGAUACCCGUCUUCAGAUGCCUUCGCGACGGCGAAAAAGAGAGCGAUAAUCCCGUACUCUGGCCCUCUACAGGCGGCAGGCUGUCCUCCUUUCUACCUAAUCUGGUCGAGCUCGACCUCUCCUACAGCCUCUUGUCAAAGUGGACUGAACUCGCCAGAGUAAGUCGGUGGGUUUAUCAUUCAUCACCUAGCUUUCUUUUUUGCGGUCGCAUUAUUUCACAGAUGAAGCAUUUUAGUUGGCCAACCCGAAGCCGUCCAUUAGACCGCCUGGAUUGCUUUCCAACUACUCUACCCAGAGGAUAUCUCCAGGGCUUCUAAACAUAUGACGGCAGCAUUUGCUAAGACAGUGAACGCCGAAUAAGCCUUUUAGACACGUAUUUGCAAGUGUAUGAAAAAGGAUUGUUUAGAUAGUUCGAGUUGUAACCGGCACAUUGCAAUAAGUUAUGUCACCAUUUUGCCAGCGAUCAGGCAAUAAAUUCCAUACGUUCACAAUGCCACCUCAUCUAAGUUAGCGCUUGGCUUACACCAGAUGGAGUUCUGGUCAAACCUGCUUUAGUCGGCCUCGAAAAUGUCGCGAACUGCACGUUUGCACAUGUCAUGAUCUGCGGCAGCUGAUGUCGACAACCCAACCUAGACUAUUCUUCAGCCAUGGAGACCGAAUACCAAUGAUCUAGGAAUGACCUCCACGCCUUGACAUUCUGUCGCGAAUUAAGUUUUGAGUUGGCUUCCACUUCGCCGUCCCCAGGUGGGUAUCGGCCUCUGAGCAGCGGCAGUGGCGACUGACUCAUAGGAUGAGUGACGAGGAACAUUCCCAAGCCACCUCGGUCGUCUUUCUUGGAUGGCCUGACGUAUCCUCGCGAUGUGGCGAGUACAAACUGUCUUAUUCAAGACGGAGUCGGUGCAUCCCGCCCCAAGGAUGGUUCUCAGGCAACGGUGGCCAAAAUGCCAGUUUUCUUCAGGCCUGCAUGCACAUGGCCUGGUCUGACCAGACGGACGCCUGGUACACACAGAUUGGGAUGGCGACGGCGGUGCCACGUCGGGUCCAUAGACAUUAAGAAGUUCAGAGAUCUGUGAGUAGCACCGAUUUGGAGAACGGUAUCGUCCUUACUCUGUUCGCUCGUCAGAAACGUAGCUCCGUGGUAAUCCAAACCACAGCCUUUUUCACACCCACAGUCUGUUGUCCAAUGAUGUGCCCUCUCCUCGUCAGAGAUGCAGUGUUGAAGGAUAGACCGACGGAUUCAGGGACCCUGUUUACCCAUGACACUACGUUCUGUCGGUCAGUAUUGCCUAACGCUAGAAUGGCGAAGCCUGAUGGCCGUCGCCCGCUGCUAGACCUUGCAGAAUUCGAGUGUUCGUCCUGCAUCCCUAGAAAUUGACCGUUUUCCAGUCGCACAAUUUCCGUAAGACUGGAGGUGCCUAACUGCGCGUAGAUUAUCUGCCAUAUUUACCCUGUCAAAUUGUACUUUAUACAUAAGCUUGCAGCACUGAAUGAAGCAUUUCAAUUCUAGGAACGAAUUACAAUGUUGUUUAUCCCCAACUGCCCCUCUCCGAGAGACUGGGUUAUGAGUUAACGACUAAGGGCCCAUUGCUGACUAUACAGCUUCUGUGCUCUCUUAGGCAUUGGUAAACUAGGGGAGUAUCACACUUGUGUUUGACGUUCUCGCUCCUUUGUCGGUAAAUUCCCCGCCACUUAUUUUAUAUGCCUUCUCUGUAGAUUUGUCGUCAACUGCCAGCUCUGCGAAUGCUGAACGUCAGUGGGAACCAUAUGCGUUUACCUCCUACAGCAAGUGACGAGAUUGAGUCCCUCUGCGAUACCGACCGGCGCAUACAAUUCGACAUGGACACUGAUUCCCAUGAGGCUGAGGACUUGUUUUCUACCUCCUUUACCACUCUACAUCACCUGGCCGCCGUAAGAAUGUCGAACAUGUCUUGGUCCGUACUCAGGCGCAUUAUCUCCUGGAUGCCCUCCAUAAAGGAGAUUUGUGUAGCCUACAAUCCUGUAAGUAAUUAUGGGGUUAUUCUACCUCUGAUACUUUCAUUGCUUCCAAUUAUUUUGUCUGUUUGAUGGCUUCUUUACAGGUGUGCUUCGCAAUCACCAAUCCGGCCUCGUUGUGCACUGUAACAUUGCUGAACAUUAUUUUUCAGUCUGAAUUCAAUAUUUUGCUGCAAUCCUGUGAUCUUCCUUUCUGUUGGUUUUUAUGUACUAACAGUUCUGUUCAUUCCAAAAAGUAGUAGGCAUGAACGUAUUGUUCCAACCCCAAGUCUUCCAAAAUCCGGCCAUGGUACCCACGUUAACAUUAGAGAAGUUGAUGGCAGCAAACAUACAUUUUCCAUUUUUCAUCCCCACUCCGGUAAAGUAACGUACGUCACGGUAGGACAGUAAAAACUCGAAAAGCAACCCAUUAACAAAGGCUGUGUGAUAUGGAAUAUCGAGGAUGUCUGGACAUAAUCGCUGCCUAACCACCCGAGCUAAGAGAACAUGCUCACCACAUACGCCGGAAAGCGGACUCACCUUCAUACGAAACACUGCAUGAAACUGGUUUCUCCGAAAAGUCUAUCGCAAGACUUAUGGAAGAGCGUCCAUCAAAAACGACCUUGCUGUCGACCGAGAAGACGAAGAAGUUAUUCCUCACAUUGCCGUUUCGAGGAAACUCGACCAUAUAGUGGCUCUGCGGGAGGCUGUCCUUUUACGAAAAGUUCUCGAAAUAUAUGGAAGGAAGCCCACCAAAAACAGACAUACCGAAGGUUGAGAAGAAGGAGCUGUUCCUCACAUCACCGUCUCGAAUGGACCCGGCCAGUGCACUCAGACAAUGCCGCCUGAGCUCUGCUUUUGCGCGUACGUACCCAACGGCCAAAGUAAGAUUAAUUUACUCUUGCACUCCCCCUCUUCGUUUCAGGGGUAAGGAUAGGCUGCCGUGUCUUGAGUUGUCCCUUUGGAGCAAGUUAUAUUCGUCGAACGGCAGGCACUUAUCUAAGCGGAUUCGAGAGCACCAUCCUGCUUGGCUAAAGCAAGAUGUGGGGAAAUCCGUCUCAAAAGUAUUCGUGGCCCACUGGGUGGACGUCAAGCAAGCAUUUUGAGACGCUCCCAUUUUCUGCCUCAGUUGAUACUUGUGACGACAGAGACGGUGGCUACACGGUUAACCAAUCCAACUUUAUGUUAACAGAAGGCGUUCAUUCAAGUCCUCCAGCUACCGUGACCCAGGCUGACCCCCACGUCACGUUACGGCGACGAAACACUGGGCUGGCUACGAAAAGUCGGAAACGUAUGUUUUCCGGCUUUGACUUCUAAUUUUUUCUUUGCGUAUAAUUUCUCAUAGAAUCAGCAAGUAAAGAUGAACGACACUUAAAAUUAGCUUCUUCCUCCUGCGAUGGACCCAAGUUAACAUUUAACUUGAUGGUUACCCUUUUGUUUUAUUAGGGUCGAACACUUUCAUACUGUACACUCGCUGUCCGCGUCCGUCACUGUUGGUGUUGCUGUUUUCAUUCAUUAAGCUGGGUGAUUUUCCCUCAGUCGAGACCCCUGACGGUCAUUCGAUUGCCGAAACAUUCUCUGGCCUGGAAACCCUCGAUCUGACGUCAACUGAACUCACCGACUUCGAUCGUGUUCUUGAGGUGGUCGGCUCCUCAUCGUGCCUAACUAGUCUUCUGUUGAACGGGAACAAGAUCCGCACUCUGCGACUGUCCACGACCUCUCCACCAGUGCUGAGGGCGCUUAACCAAAUCGGUCUGCGGGACAACCUCCUUGAGGAUUGGGAGUCCGUCAAUGAACUAGCUCGUCUACCCGCCCUGACUACGCUAAUUCUUCGACAAAACCCCAUCCUUCUCAACUUCACUCCGUAAGUUCUGUUGCCCCCGUUUUUGCCGGCUGAUUGGCAACCCGUACGAGGCUCAUCACUUGCUGUUAUCUGACGACAACUUGUUAGUACAGCCUAUUUGGAAAAACUGGGACACCUAACAUGCGCAUAUAUAUGAUGUACCCGCUAGUCUUGCUUCUUGAUACCAAUCACGUCCACGAACGACGGGUAGUGGAAUUACCUCUAGCAAAAUAUGUGCUCCCAGCUGUUCCAGGCCAAUGGCGACCGCUGCCAGAACGCGAAGAGCUGAGGUCUAGUGCACCGAAGACAACACUGUGAAGUGACGACCGUGAACUAACACUAAAUGCGGUAGAUGUGCUAUCCCAUGAAAUGUUAGCCGAAAUCCUGAAAUGUGUAUCAAUUUAAAAAGGUCACUUAAGUAGGGUUGCAAUACUAAUUGUCAUGAAGCAUGAUCUCAAGAUAUUUAGGUCACGUCAGGGUGCCGGCUUUUGAAUCAGCCUUUUCCCGGCCGCCUGCAUAAACUACACUCCGCAGCGAAUGGCUGCUUAAGUAACAUGAAUUUUCCCCAUUUAUUCUCGAUGCCCUUGCGAAUUCAGGCACAUUUUAUAGAAAACAUACAUGAAAAUAUUAUUUCUUGUACUUAUUUGGUAGCAAAUUACCUCACCCUCAAAUUUCACACUUGAAGGAAGACUCUCGUCCGGUUUUAACAAAACUUUAAAUUUCCGAGUAAUUUUGGAUCCGACUUGCCGUUACACUUGCCUUCAGGGUUUCCAAACUACAAGCUGUAUGCUUUUCAUAUGAGGAAAAGCACACAUUUCUAUGUAUAUUUCUGUGUCAUAUAGGGCUAACAGAAUUUUGCAAUGGGUGGUGACCUGGUUCACUUUACAAGCACAAUCGAUAACUGUGCCGAUACGACCCUGUGUAAUUGGACAUUAGACGGUCUUAAAAAUCUCACAAUUGGAGACUUUUCUAAAACCCGGCAAUGCUAUUCCUUUGAGCAAAAAAUUUGAAGAAGGCCUAAUUUACUACAAAAUGAGUACCAGAAGGAAUAUUUAUGUGCAUGUUUUCUAGAAAAUAUUUUGUUGGAUGGUACAUCUACCUCGCAGUUAGGGCUUCUAACGAAGGCACUAGCGAAAAGCCUCUAAAUCCCCGAAACACCUUAUUGUAAAUGUUCCGAGCUUUGUAUUAUAAUCCGGGUUACAGCGUCCGCAGGAGCUGGCGCGUUCCGCAACCCUGGUCCAGUGAUGCGGGCAAGUAGUAUAUGAGCUGAACUACUCAAUUGAGGACACUUGAUACUGAAAGCUGUAUUAUGCGAACAUUCCUCGAUCCUUAUGCCCAAGGCCUGACAGCGCUCAGUCAUCACCAGUACAACGUGGGUCUGCGGUUUUUUGAAGUCCGAAUCCCCUACUCAUGGACUCCAGAAAUCAAAAUCCCGGGGAACAGCUUCACAGACGAUAAACCAUGAGAGCUUGCUCUGACUUUACUCAUUCAAUCAUACUUUUGACCACCAGCUGAGACUAGAAACGCAAACAUGCCCGUGCAUACGGCGCAGAUGGAUCACAAGCCUUUCAUUGAGCUCAGGUUCGUCAGUACUUCAUUACUUGUCAUUGUCUACUUUUGAAUCUGGGGUUAAUUACUGAAUCAGGAACGGACGCAAGCCGAUCAUUUGACUCCCCUAAACAGACAAGCUCCGCAGGGGUGCAACGGUCACAAACAUUCAACCACCUGCCAGGUUGAACUCAGCCAAGCUAUGAUUGCACAGGAGGCAUUCAGGAUUAUGAUUGGCUGAGUAAAAUCAGAAUAAGCUUGAAACAGUUAUGUAUCAAUAUACACCCGUGCUCAUUCCUCUCUUCCUACCCUACCAUUGCUUUACCGAGUUUGCCGUACCAGGUGCUUGCAUAUUCGUAAACUCUUCUACCCAUACGGAGCUUGUUCGCCUCAGAAAGCCGGUGGAUCAGUGUACGCCUUAUCCUGGUUAAACGUAUACGUGAAGGGCAACUUGUUAUUAGUUCCAACUCUACCAAAUGAGCCAUGGGCUCAUUGUCAUAAGGGUUGUCAUAAGAGAUAUUAAAUUCCUUGGAAGUCCACUCACUGGCCGGGCAACAUGAUCCUUGACUUCGUCGGUAUUCUACCUCUGCGCAUAUUACUACUCGUGAAGCCUCUUGCGCAGGCUCUACAUUGAGCUCAGAGGUAGACUAGGACAAGAUGGCCCCAUAACCCGAUCUUCGAACGCGCUUCUACUCAGAAAUAGACGCACACCAAUCCAUUGGCUUCCCGAAGCAAACGAAUUUCGUAUGGGUGAUAGGAAUCACAAACAGGCAAUCACAUACCCGACCGAAGUCGGCCAAGCUAUGGUAGCAGAGGAGAGACGACAGAGCCUGGGGGGUAAACUGAUACAGCACUGUUUCGGGCUUGUUUGCCGCACUUGCCUAGAAGUCCUCUCAUCCACACCCAAAAUGUCUCGUGUACGACGCCUCGGGGACAAUCCAAGACAACGAAGGUUCUAGAAACGUGGUCAACAUCGUACCCUGUCCGAGUGACAACCGAGAGAUUAUUGUAUAUGCCCAGUGGCGCCUCAGUGAUGGGAUUCAUUCGAAAACCUUGUGGGUGUCUUCCCAAAGAAACUUAAACUUGAGACAAUCAAGUCAAGUAGAUUGGAUUGCAGUUCGACCGUUGUUUCCAACGAUGUUCACCGUGUGCUCCACAGCGAGGUGAAGCAGGCACAGUGAUUUGCGCGUGAGUUAGUUUACGGUGAGAGCAGACGUGUGCACCGGCUGGGGAUAGGGGUGUGUUGAUCAGCACUUCGCUGGAUCCUUAUGUACUGCACUGUUAUCAGUAGCUCAUUCACGUUUCGUGAGUUCAGCCUAUAAAUUAUGACGGUGUCAAUCAGGAUAUCCUUUGAUCGACUUUGUUGAAUUAUGUCAUGAAAAUGAAGUUGUGUCCGAUUAAGACCUACCAUCGUGGACCAAGAACCGGAGUUCGAGUGGCGAAGAGAGCGACCUUAAGUACACAAAUUGCGCUGUGAUGCUGGCGAGCUUUUUCGCAUAAAUGGCGUAGAAAGUGCGAAUUCAGGGGAAAUAGGCCUGACAAUAAAGUAUUUCACGGCGCAUCUGACCGUCCGGGGCUUUGCUGCUGGGAACACACGUGCAGUUCUGGUAGAUAGUGAUGCCCGUCAGUUAGAUGGCAGCUUCUCUUCGCGCAAACUUCCACCAAGCAUUUGUUGUUGUGAUGCAUUAUCCUUUUUCAAGAACUCCCUAACUUCCUAUUUUUCCAUAUAUAGCGAAACUGCCCGCCAAGAGAUCAUAGCACGAUUGCCAGGACUCAAGUCCCUCAAUUUCCUUGAGGUGUCCGCUGAGGAGAGGAGGGGUGCUGAACUAGACUACCUUAAGCGAUAUUCCAAGACCUGGAAAGACGCUCAAGAGAACGUGAACACCAAAGCGACUUUUGCCAAGCAGCACCCAGCCUUCAUUCAAAUCUGCGAAAAGUACGGUCCCCCUGAUGCCGGUGAUGGAAAGGUUAGCGGUAAUCAUUAUCUUUGUACGGUCACUGUAACACUGAGAAGUUUUAUUUUGGCCGCAUGACCGGCAUUCACCAAUGUAGGUGGGCUCGCUUGUCUGCUGCUUUGGCGCAAUCACUAACUGCGCUUUUGCUUUGGCAUCGGCUUCCAGUGCAUUUGUACGCCAAACAAUGGUUGCUGUCGGGGUGGGGAUUUUCAGCCAACGUCCAAUAUUGCGGCUGAUUCAAGACAAACAGGGCCAUGGGAUGCCGUUCUGGCGCGUUUCUGUCGUUUGGCCACAAUUUAUAACCCAAACAUCGGACUUCGGUCACUCGUUUGGUCGGGCGCAGGAAUAUGGGCCCUCUCCAGUACUACGGGUGACCUCGCGCUAAAUUCCAGGGCUCCCUAUUCCCGUGUUCCAACCCCAACCAUCCUAACACUAAUCCUGACCAGAUCCCUUGCUCUAACCCCCCCCCCCCUAGAAUUUGCUGCAAGGCCUUCUGUAAUAUAAGGAGGUCCAUAUUUCCGUGCCCAACUGCUCGUUUUACUAAAGGGCUCAUCUGCCUCCGGACUGCCCAUGUGGUUCCAGAGGAAUUGAGAAGUUAACUAGAGGACUCCAAACACGAUCCUGUCUCCUCCACAUUUGCGUCAAUGAGACAGGCUUCGUGGUGCCUACAAACAGUAUUAUCCAGCGUUGUCUCUAUUCAUCCGCAUCCCUAAGUCUUAGCCCAGACAUCCCCUAGUGCACUGUAGGAUUUAAGUGUUACGAAACGCUGCCUGAGUGGGUACUUAACGUCUAACGGCCAGGUGUGUGAAUGGACUCAAGCAACUUCAGUAGGAUUCCCCAUUUUCGGUUGCGUCACCAAAGCCGCUGCGCAGUAUCUCGAAACUCGUCUCUGGCUCAUCUCAUCAAAUGUUAACCGAAAUUUUGAAAUAUGUUUUCGGUUAGAAAGGAUUACUUAUUCGGAGUUGUAACACUCAUUAUCGUGCACGAGGUAAGGCGACGAAGAUAACCGACAAAGACAAGGGAGACUGGAAUGAUCAUUUCUGCUCUACUAGCCGUCGUAAGCCAGACUUACCUAAUUCCGGGUUUGUGACACCUGAGCCUUGAUUCCUCGUUCUUUAGUCAUCGAGUGUUGUUAAGUUCAAUGCUCUUCUAUUGAGCCACGGACUCGUUCUGUCGGUUGCGAUCAUGUUAUUAGCAUCAUUAUUAUUCUGACGUUUUUUCCCGUAUGUUUAGAUUAUUACAGCAUUGUGUUACCUUUGCCCUACCACUUUUCGCCCUUCUGUGAUCUGACCCUCGUUGCAUGCGUUCAUUCUGCUUUGUUAUCAGCCCGUGAUUAAGUCCCUUAAAGAAGGCCUCCUGCGUCUACAUCUCGCCUGCGAGCCACCAGCGCCCAAUAGUCGUGGUGUGGAGCACGUUAUUGAACGCAAGGUGCCCGCUCGCAUUACCAUCAAUCAUCUGCGCACCCUGGUGCGUCGUGUCUUUCAGCUGCCGCCACAGGCACGCAUCGAUCUCAUUUCCCUGGGCUGCCGACCCGAGUCCACCGACGUAGAAGUACCCCUGGAGGCCGAUACUCGAGAGCUUGGUUUCUACGGCGUCGCAGACGGUGAUAAGCUGCUGGCUCGCUGGAGGGCUUAA